AUGGUUCUCGCAGAUUUAGGAAAGCGGAUUAACAGUGCGGUCUCGGAGGUGACAAAGGCCAGUGUUGUUGAUCAAACGGCGGUCGAUGGUCUGUUGAAGGAAAUUUCCAACGCGCUGAUUGAGGCAGACGUGAACGUCAAACUGGUGCUCAAUCUUCGAAAAAAGCUCAAAUCGACCAUCGAGCAGGAGGAGAAGCCAGGCCUCAACAAGAAGAAACUGAUACAGAAAGCUGUUUUUGAUGAGCUGUGUGAUCUGGUUGACUGCAAAGAGACCGAACUUUACAAACCAAAGAAAAAAAAGACCAAUGUGAUCAUGUUUGUUGGUCUUCAAGGUGCAGGUAAAACCACCACAUGUACGAAACUCGCCGUGUACUACCAGAGGAGAGGUUUCAAGGUGGGGAUGGUGUGUGCCGACACCUUCAGAGCUGGUGCUUUUGACCAACUCAAACAGAAUGCGACAAAGGCAAAAAUCCCAUACUACGGUUCGUACACCGAGGCAGACCCUGUGAAAGUUGCCUCUGACGGUGUUGAAAAGUUCAAAAAAGAGAAGUUCGAGAUCAUCAUUGUGGAUACAUCGGGACGUCAUCGUCAAGAGUCAGAGCUGUUUGCGGAAAUGAUCCAAAUUGGAGAGGCGGUGCAGCCCAACCAGACGAUUAUGGUUUUGGACGCUUCGAUCGGUCAGGCUGCCGAGUCCCAAUCGCGUGCCUUCAAGACGUCCUCUAAUUUCGGAGCCAUCAUCCUCACAAAAAUGGAUGGCCACGCCAAGGGAGGAGGAGCUAUUUCUGCUGUGGCUGCUACGCACACUCCGAUUGCAUUUAUCGGUACCGGAGAGCACAUUAAUGAUCUGGAAAGUUUCACUCCUAGACAGUUUGUCUCCAAGUUGCUGGGCAUUGGUGACAUACAGGGUCUUAUGGAGCACGUUCAGUCGUUGAACCUGGACCAGAAAGACACGAUCAAAAACUUCCAGGAAGGUAAAUUCACGUUGAGAGAUCUCCAAACGCAGAUGAACAACAUUCUCAAGAUGGGUCCUUUGUCGAAGAUUGCCCAGAUGUUACCUGGAGGCAUUGGCGAGAUGAUGAACCAGGUUGGCGAGGAAGAAACCUCCAAAAGAUUCAAAAGAAUGGUUUAUGUGAUGGAUUCAAUGACCAAACAAGAGCUUGACAGCGACGGAGAUAUAUUUGUGGACCAGCCAAGCAGAAUUGUGCGAGUUGCGCGUGGAUCAGGAACGUCUGUGACCGAGGUCGAGGCGGUGCUAAUGCAACAGAAGAUGUUUGCUAGAAUGGCACAGACAACCAAGAGCAUGCAACAGGGUGGCGCCAACCCAAUGGCAGCCGGUCGUGGCGGAAUGUUCAAUCCCCAGAACAUGCAAAGAGCGAUGCAACAGAUGCAGUCAAAUCCAUCUCUCAUGCAAAAUAUUAAUAAGAUGAUGGGAGGACUAGGCGGAGGUAUGCCAGAUAUGAGUCAGCUGAUGGGUGGCGGCGGUAUGCCAAAUCCUCAAGAGAUGAUGAAGAUGAUGAACACUCCUGAAAUGAGGCAGAUGAUGAACAACCCGGCCAUGAGACAGAUGGCUCAGAACUUCCGUAAAGGUAUGUAA